AUGAAGGCUUAUCUCAAAGCUCUUAGUCUAUGGGAAACAAUAGAAAGUGAAGAUGAUCCUCCUCCACUUGGACCAAAUCCAACAGUUGCACAAAUGAAGAUUUAUGAAGAUUCAAAGUCAAGGAAACCAAAGGCUCUCACAUGUCUUCAUUCAGCACUUUCAGAUGUGAUUUUCACAAGAAUAAUGGCUUAUGAAACACCCAAAGAAGCAUGGGAAAAGCUAAAAGAGGAGUUCGAUGGAAGUGACAGAGUGAAGGCUGUCAAACUCUUAACUCUCAAAAGAGAAUUUGAGAUGCUAAGGAUGAAAGAGGGAGAUGCUGUGAAAGAGUAUUCUGCCAAACUUGUGGAAAUUGUAAACAAAAUAAGGUUGUUUAGUGAAACCUUUCCAGAUUCAAAGGUGGUGGAGAAGUUGAUGAUAAGCUUACCAGCAAGGUUCGAGUCCAAGAUUUCAGCAAUAGAGGAAUCAUGUGAUUUGAAGACUUUAUCGGUUGCAGAACUGAUCAGCAAGUUGCAAGCCCAAGAACAAAGAUCAAGUAUAAGAGAUGGAGAAGUAGCAGAAGUGGCAUUUCAGGCACAACAUAAACCCAAGCAGCCUGUGAAGGACAAUAGAAGGAUGGAAGGAGAUAAAGUAGCAAAGGGAAAACCAUGGAGGAAUCUUCAAAGAAAGGGAAGUUUCCACCUUGCAGCCACUGUAAAAGAACCAAUCAUCAAGAAAAAGACUACUGGUUCAAAGGAAAGCCAUCCAUUCAGUGUAGAUUCUGCAAAUUUUGUUGAAGAGUCGGAAAAGGAAGAAGAAAGCUUGUUUAUGGCUUCUCACGAAGAAAACACAAGCAAAGAAUCCACAUGGUUCAUAGACAGUGGAUGUACGAGUCAUAUGUCGCACAAUGAGCUCGUGUUUCACACACUUGACAAGUCGUUCAAAGCUAAAGUUAGGACGGGAAAUGGUGAAACAGUCAAUGCACAUGGAAAGGGUUCAGUUGCCUUUCAAACUAUACAAGAUAGUUUGAUUGUUAAAGUAGAAAUGGUGGAUAAAUCUUUUCCUUUAGAUGGGAAGUUUGAUAGUGCAAAUUUUGCAAGUAUGGAUGAGUCAUGGUUGUGGCACAAAAGAUAUGGGCAUUUUAACUAUUCUACUUUAAAGUCUAUGUAUGAGAAAGGCUUGACUAAAGAGUUGCCUGAGAUCUCACUAUCUAAAGAAGUUUGUGAGGCAUGUCAGAUGGGUAAGAAAUUUAAAACUUUUGUCGAAAGACAAAGUGGCUGUAAGCUGAAGUCUUUGAGAUCGGGCAAUGGUGGUGAAUACACUUCAAAUGAGUUCAAUAAGUAUUGUGAAGAUAUGGGGAUUGAUCACAAGUUGACAAUAAGUUAUUCACCCGAACAAAAUGGAGUCUCGGAGAGGAAGAACAUGACUGUUGUUGAAAUGGCUAGAUGUUUGUUGCUUGAAAAGAAACUACUGCAAAGUUUUUGGGCAGAAGCUGUUUAUACUUCAGUAUAUCUGUUAAAUAGGCUGCCAACUAAAGCUGUGGAUAAAAAAACUCCUAUUGAAGCUUGGAGUGGAACAAAACCAUCUGCCAAGCACUUAAAAAUCUUUGGUUCGAUUUGCUAUUCUCAUGUUCCUUCAGUCAAAAGAAGCAAACUUGAACCGAAAGGUGAAUUGGGGAUGUUUAUUUGUUAUUCAUCGCAAGCCAAAGGUUAUAGAGUUUUCAGAUUGCAAACAAAAAGUAUUUCCAUCAUAAGAGAUGUCGUAGUAGAUGAGCAUGCUUAUUGGAACUGGGAUAAGGAGCAAAUUGAGAAAGAUAAUGUAGAUUUUCAGAACUUGCGUCCGCUGCCUGAACUUGCGUCCAUAGCUGUAACAGUCUUUCUCAUGGUAUGCUCAGUGUAUGAACAGCAUCACGAAUCGUACUGUGCCGGUUGA